UUUAAAAAAAAAAAUAAAAAUAAAAAAAAUCAAGAAUUCAUUCCUUGAAAACACGAAGGAAAGAAAUCAGUUGAUUUCAACAGAUUUUGUGCCUUCUCCUGCUCCUGAGCUUCCUCUCUUCCGUCCAAUUAAAUUUUCUCUCUCCUUAAUUUUGCUCAAAAACCCUAAUUCCCCAUUUCCUCCCUCUUUCAAAUUUUAACCACCAUGCAUACAUUAGGCCAAAUUUCCACCACUUCCCCGAUCAAAACUUCGUUCAAAUCCCUAAUUUCUCGAAAAUUUCCCGCCCAAUCAUCGUCGUUGAAGUUUUCAAUUAAAAAUGGAGGUGAUUUUAAUGGUGGUUUGAAGGCUGUUGCGGCGGAUACUAAGGCUGUGGAUUCUCGCCCUUUCAUUGUCAUUGAUAAUUAUGAUAGCUUCACUUAUAAUCUUUGCCAGUAUGUGGGAGAAUUAGGUACGAAUUUCGAGGUAUACAGAAAUGACGAGAUCUCUGUGGAAGAUUUGAAAAGGAAAAAUCCAAGGGGAAUCCUUAUAUCUCCGGGUCCAGGUACACCACAAGAUUCAGGAAUCUCUUUAGCUCUUGUUGUGGAAUUGGGAUCCACUGUACCAAUAUUUGGUGUUUGUAUGGGUCUGCAGUGCAUUGGAGAGGCUUUUGGAGGGAAGGUUGUGCGUUCCCCAUACGGAGUUGUGCAUGGGAAAAGCUCACCGGUGUACUAUGAUGAGAAGGGGAGCAAUGGCUUGUUUACAGGCUUACCCAACCCCUUUACUGCUGCAAGAUAUCAUAGCCUUGUAAUUACCAGAGAUAACUUUCCUGAUGAGCUUGAAAUUACUGCAUGGACCGAGGAUGGGUUGGUCAUGGCUGCUCACCAUAAAGAAUACAAAAAUUUACAGGGAGUCCAGUUUCAUCCUGAAAGUGUUCUCACUCCAGAAGGUAAAGGGAUAAUUAAGAAUUUCAUCAAAAUGAUCGAGAAUAAUUGAACAAACGAAUUGCUUUGGAAGCUUUCAAAGUGAUUUUUUUUAUUGUUGUUAAUUUAUGAAUUAGGUUUACUUGGCAAAAAGAUCAAUUUAAUCUCUAUUGAAACAAUAGAAUCACAUCUUGUUGUAGCUAUUUAAGAAAACAGAUUUGCUACAAUUGUGUAAUUAUUGUAUCAAGUCAAAAGGAUAUAUGUUCAGAAACACCUUUCAAUCCCCUCCAUAUCGGAGGAAAUGUCUUUUAUCUCUUCAAGACCAGAAGUUUGUGAACUCCUCAAGUUUCAGAAUAUAAUUCGAGCUAUGUAAAUAUGUAAUAAUAUGAUGGGGUUGACUGUUGCCCGAUGAUUGGUUCAGUCGAAAAUACAAAUAAGAAUGAAGUCGCCUUUCUGGCAGCUCAAACCUCUGCAGAUUCGAGCUGUAAUGAAAGAAAGUAGCUUUCGUUGAUUUACUAUACUGUAUGGCCUUAUUUUUUGACAUGAAAAUGAAGUAUGUUGAAAAAAGGUCAUGCAUAGUUUUGUCUUGGCUCACAAAAGUCAUUAUCAUUUGACCUGUAAAACAAUCUGAAUUCACCUGCCUUUGGAUUUAUUGUUUAGGAGAGAGAAUGAUGGGAUUCAACCUGUUUUUACUCUUA